AUGUGGAUCUCCCGGCCAUUCCCCACACCCCGCUCCUCUCUCCACCUCCUGUCUCUUCUCCUCCUCUCUGCACGCAUCCUCGGCGUGGCCCGCGCCGACGAUGACGAUGACGACGACGACGACCAGCCGGUCCUCAAGGACAACUCGGCCAACUGCACGUGCUACACGCUCGACUCGAACACGGAGAGCGACAUGUCGGACAGCGCGCCGUACUACUUCACGUACCACCGGUUCUGGGACUUCCGGGCGCUGGCGACGUCGGCGGACCAGUACGCCGGCGGCGCUCCCGACCCGGUGACGGACGACGAGGACGAAGGGAUGGAGACGGUGACGGAUGCGGACGCGGCGUACCUCAACGGCUCGGCGUGGAACCGGGAUUGGGGCAUCCAGAACUGGGGUAAGGAGGCGACGGACGAUUUCCCCGUGCGCAUGCAGAACAGUCCGCGGAAUGUGUACAUCUCGCAAACCAACGGCAGCGACACGGGCAACGAUGACAUCGAGUACCCGACGUACCUGUCGCUGCGCACCGUGCGGCUCGACGACUUCCAGUCGGCGGCCGAGGUGGAGAACCUGCAGAAGAACCUGAUGCACGCGUCGCUGCGCAUGCGGGCCCGCGUCGUCGGCGAUCCGGGCGCCGUGGCCGGCUUCUUCACCUUCUACGACGACGACAACGAGAGCGACAUCGAGAUCCUGACCGACGAUCCCGAAGCCGUGAUUCGCUACACGAACCAGCCCGCCGUCGGCAGCGACGGCAACGAGGUGCCGCAGGCGUCGCUGAAGGUGGCGCAGCUGCCGUCGUGGCGCGACUGGCAGGAGCACCGCAUCGACUGGCUGCCCCACCGCUCCAACUGGUACCUCGACGGCGCGCUGCGCGCCACCAACACGUACAGCGUGCCCCGCCGCCCCUCGUACCUCGUGCUCAACAUGUGGUCCGACGGCGGCGAGUGGAGCGGCGACAUGGACGUCGGUGGCAGCGCGGAGCUGCAGAUUCAGUGGAUCGAGAUGGUGUUUAAUACGAGUGGGCCGGUUGAGGGGCCGGAUGGGGGUGAUGAGAAGAGGAGGAAAGUGAAGAGGGGUGUGGGGGAGGAGGCGGACGGGGCGCUCUUCGGCGGCGGUGAUGGCGGGUUAGGGAGUUGGUUGUGGAGGAGUAUGGGGGCCGGUGGCGUGGCGAGGGAGGCCAGUGUCUUGGGGAAGAGGAAGGAGAAGCGAUGCGACGUCGUCUGCAGGGUCGACGGCGUCAAUGUGACCGGCUUCCCAGAGAUCGCACACGUAUCCGGCGCACCGGCCGGAUUGGCGCCAGCGGUGACGGGUUGGGUGUUGGUGUUGGUUAUUGGGCUGAUCACGGCGGUUACGGGGAUUUAUUGA